CCAAUUUUCUCUCUGUGUUCUUUCUAAUCGAAUUAACAUAUCCACAAUAUCCAGAGAUCAACAUGAAGUAUUUGGAGAAUUUGCUUAUUUAUUUUAGCAAUCUUUCGACAUUUUACAUAUUCAGCGUAGCAAUCUCGGUUGCAGUUGUCGUUCUGACGAUUUACCUGGGAGCAGCAACUCAAUGCACGAAUGGAACGGUUGAUACGGAUAGCAAAUCACAGAUAUUGAACGAUUCCGACUUUGGUGAUGAUAACUUUACAGACGAUAGUCCCAAAAUAGAAUCAGUUCGGCAAUUAAAGUCAGCCAAAUUGAAAUCGUUUGAGAAAACCCUUACGGCAGAACAGAUUGAAGCAGAAAAAGAGAUCGAACGAAAGCAAUUGGCUGCUAUAUUUGAACUGCUGAAGAAACAGAACGAGGAAUUUAGUUUAGAACCGAGUCUAGAUGAGAAUGGUCUCAAGGAGCAGUUAAGCUUAUAUCGAUGAAUUCAUGCUGGGAAGCAUAAUUCUAUAAUCAGUGAUAAUCCGUACCAAUGAAGAAUUUCGAAAUGUAAAUAUUGUCAUCAAAACUAGCAGCAAACCAUGAAACGAUGACAUCUAGUCAAGCAAAAUCUUUUAGAAUAAUUUUAUGAAUUUAAGAAUGAACAGCGUGAAUGUGUAAAAUGUACUUGUAGUAUCGAUCUGAAUCAAAUUUCGGACAUAAAAAAAAUCUUGAAAUGCUUAAUGGACUGAUGAUAUAACUAUAA